AUAAAAUGCGAGAGGAAGUGGUUGUGCCAAAAAGUUAUCCAACAAAUCUUUUAAAUAAAGAUUGGAGCAAGAGACCCUGCUAUUUUGAAAAAAAUGGCGAAAAAUUUCUAAACGAAGUGCAUGACAUGGAAGUCAGAGAUGAUGAUGUCUGGUUAAUCACAUUACCCAAAUGUGGUACAACUUGGAUGCAAGAACUGACAUGGUUGGUUUUAAAUGACUUCAAUUUUGAGAUCGCAAAACAAGAAUAUUUAGAAUUGAGGUCACCGUUUUUAGAAUUUGAAAUUGAUUUAUAUGACGGUGAAGGUAGUAUAUUAAAAAAUGUUACUAAACUAAAAUCUCCACGACUUUUAAAGACACAUAUGCCUUUACCUUUAUUACCACCUCAAGUAUGGACCAAAAAGCCUAAAGUUAUAUAUGUAUUUCGGAACCCCAAAGAUUCCAUAGUUUCGCAGUAUUAUCAUGUUCGCAGGUAUGGCGGCGCUUCAGAUGUAACUCCAACGGAAUUUGCACAGAAUUUUAUUAAUGAUGAAAUGUCAACCCACCAACACUUCUUACAUGUCACUGAGUUCUAUGCGUUGAGAAAGGAACCCUGGAUUUAUUACACAAGCUAUGAGCGUAUGAAGUCUGAUCUACGAUCUGUCAUACAAGAUGUUUGUAAAUUUCUGAAUAAAAAUAUAACUGAAGCUCAAAUGCAGCAAAUGUUACAUCAUUUAUCUUUCGAAGAGAUGAAAAAUAAUUCAAGAACCAAUCAUAUAUGGGAAGCAGAACAAGUACGUCGUAUAUACAACAAAAAAACUGAAGACAUUAGUUUCGUACGUAAAGGUAAAGUUGGAGGUUAUAAAGACGAUUUAACUCCAGAAGUGAUUGAUAAAAUCGAUGUUUGGAUUAAUGAUGAACUUAAACCACAUAAUGUCACUUUAAAUGAUUUGUUAUUACAAAAUAAUGAAGAG